GCAUAACGGAUUGCCUACAUUCGGCAACUCGUGUCAAAAAUAUGUCAAAAAAUUUAACCUUAAAAACUAGAAACCAACAAAACACUUGGUACUAUUUUCUGAACACAAAUAUUUUAAAACGAACAUUCAACACCAGCGAUUAUUAAAACACGGUAUAUCAAAGAAAAAUGCCUAUUUAUGAAUCAUUAAGUAGCGACAAAUUAUCAGUGGUGCUGGACAUCGGAGCUGCAUAUACAAAAUUUGGAUUUACUGGAGAAUUCUCUCCAAGGAGUAUAAUAACAUCGGAAGUAUUAUGCAGCAAAACAAAAAAGCUGAGGAGAAUAUGGGACUAUGAAUCUGCAGAGGAUCUGUAUGACCUACUGGUGGAUUUUAUCCAUGUUAUAUUCUUCAAAUACGCUCUGUUAAGUCCGAAGGAUAAACCAGUCAUAAUCGUCGAAUCCUUGCUAUGCCCCACAACAUUCAGAGAAACAUUAGCAAAAGUCCUAUUUUAUCAUUAUGAGAUGUCUAUGAUGUUUAUUCUUCCUUCACAUUUGGUCUGUUUAGCAUCCUUAGCAAUUGAUUCAGCCAUGGUAGUAGAUGUUGGAUAUAAAGAAGCUGUUGUCAUACCAAUAUGCUAUAGUUUCCCAGUGGUUAAAGCUUGGCAAGCAUUACCACUUGGUGGUGAAGCUAUACAUAAUAACCUAAGGACAUUAUUGAGUAGUAGUAACACAGGUAUACAAGAUCUUCCUGAAUCUACAUUGGAGAAUAUUAAGGUUAGAUGUUGCUUUGUUACAAAGAAGUAUAGAGCUGACCAGUUGGGAUCUGCAAAACCAGAAAUUGCUACUUGUCCAGAUGUCAAAUAUCCUAUAGGAGGAGCAGAACAUAUGACAGUAACUGGAAAAGUACGAGAGCGGGCAUUUGAACUACUUUAUGAAGAGGACAAUGACCAUCUUUGCCUCUCUACCAUGAUCCUAGAUGCACUUCUUCAAGUGGAUAGGGAUCUACGCCAGAAGUUGAUGGGCAAUAUAGUCCUUAUUGGUGGGUCUGUCAUGGUACCUGGUUUUAAAGCACGUUUGAAGGAAGAGCUUGAAAUGCAGUUGAAAAACAACAGAUAUAGCAAGUUGAAUAUCAGUACUAUUGCAUUCCAUAGCCUCCCUUGUAAGGAAAAUUAUGCAGCAUUUUUGGGUGGAGCUUUAUAUGGAGCAACAGAACUACUCAACAUGAAGUCUUUAACGAGAGAGACUUAUUUCAAAGAAAAUCGUUUGCCAGAUUGGAUUAAUUUUAAAGAGAAUGUUCACUGUGCUUAAAUAAUUUUAUUAUAUUUCAUGCACUAUAAGAUACAAGUAUUGGCAUUUUUAUAUUUAAUAAUUUACAUCAUAUUUAAAGAAAAAUAUUUCUAAAAUAUAGAUUUAUACACCAGAUCUUCAUCAUUUUUUCCAUCUGUGUCUAUAUGGUGAUCACACACAUUGCAGAAAUGGAUAUUUUUAAUAAUCCCUCUACUAAUCACAAGAUUUAGUAAUAAGAAUAUAUGAUAAAGGGUAUUUAUAUAAUUCAUAAAUUUCUCAAUCACCUCUGAAAUAUACACAUUAGUAAAGAAAAUAAAAUAAG